AUGGUAACCGAUGACAACGCGUCGGCCGAUGGCCCCAAUGAGUCAUCAAAAGUAUCGUCAAACGAUGCGACCGAUUCAAAACCUCACGCUAGCCGAGCGACCACGGCAGUGACUGCUGUCGACAUACAAACGCUGUCCUUCCCCGAUGGAUCACGAGGCACAUUCCAAACACCAGGGGCGAGGUCGGUAUCGACGCCAGUACCCAGCGGCUAUGCUUCUCCUGGAUACAAGGCGAGCCAUUCGGGAGCGGAGGGAGAUGAUGGAGCAAGCGUCAUGAGUUUUGUGCCGACAAUGCGACCGACCGGUGACAUUGCGAGUCUGUUUGUCGGCGACCUUGGCAAGCGCAGUGUGGCGUGGAACAUGCUGCGCUCGCAGGCACCCACUGUCCAGCCAUUUGAAUCAAGCCGCUACCGACAAGAUGAUAUGCUGGCAAAUUUUGAAGAAGAGUUUGAGCCGGUACCGACCGAGGCCACAGACGAAAUGGACGAUGCGUCGCGAGUCACCAUGUGGAAAGCAAAGCUCAAGCACUACAUGAUUCUCUCGUCAGCCGGGAAACCCAUUUGGAGUCGCCAUGGAGACUUGAUGCUCAUCAACUCCUCGAUAGGAGUGAUGCAAACUAUCAUAUCCUUCUAUGAAGGCGCCAAAAGUCCUCUGCUAGGAUUCACGGCAGGCGACGCAAGAUUUGUGGUGCUGACCCGAGGCCCCCUCUACUUUGUGGCCGUCAGCAAGCUGGGCGAAAGCGACUCGCAGCUGCGCGCGCAGCUCGACGCGCUUUACAUGCAAAUUCUUUCUACGCUCACCCUACCGACUUUGAAAAAGAUCUUUGUCCACAGGCCGUCGUCGGACCUGAGAAAGCCACUCGAAGGCACCGAGUCGCUACUCUCUUCACUCGCUGAUACGUUUACAAGAGGCUCGCCAACAAUGCUGCUGGGAUCACUGGAAUGCCUCAAGCUCCGCAAGUCGCAGCGACACUCGAUUAACAACACGUUUCUGAAGCUCCGCUCGGACAAGCUUUUAUACGGACUCAUCAUUGCAGGUGGAAAACUUGUCAGCGUCAUUCGUCCGCGACGACAUUCACUGCAUCCAAGCGACUUGCAGCUCAUAUUCAACAUGCUAUUCGAGUCUGAUGGCAUUAAAGGUGGAGGAGGUGAAAAUUGGAUACCGCUGUGUCUUCCUGCCUUCAACAACGAAGGUUAUCUAUACAUGUAUGUCAGCUUUUUUGAUGACGACCGGAACGCACCAAAAGACGCCGCAGAUGGCCAAGAACAAUCAAGCUCUGCUAGUCAACAAAUCGCCAUGGUCCUGAUUAGCACCGACAAGGAGAGCUUCUUUGGCCUCCAAAAGAUGCGUGAUGACGUGUCCCAGCAACUGGCCAAAAACGGCAGCCUGGCCUUUAUUCGGAACGCCGUACGGGCUGGGCGGCCGCAGAUUGCUCAGAUUGUGCCAGCAAACCCGAUGAGCCACUUUCUUUACAAGUCCAAGGCCAACGUCCAAUUCUGCAUGGCUGCACUGGAGCCGCCGUUUGACGCCAUCUCCGAUCGCCGUCGGCUAAUGAGUCUGUACCACGAGAUGCACGCUGCCGUGCACGCCAAACAUACGCACCUCAGAAUCUUGCACAACACGAGCGAGGAUUCCACGUCGCUCGCGUGGGUCACGCCGGUGUUUGAGCUAUACUGCGUGGGAGGGCCCAACAUGUCGCGGGCGACCAUGGGACAGGGCGCCAACCAGAUAAUCCAGUGGGCCAAGAAGGAAGAACAGCGGCUUUUUAUCAUUGGGGGCGGUGUCUUUUGA